UAAGAACAAAACCUCAACCUCUCUAAAACCCCAUUUCCCCGCACAGCCUCCUCUUCCCGCGAUCACUCUCCCUCGCUUCCCUUUACGUUCUCCAUUGUUGGCGCUCUCUACUGCUACCAUCACCGCUGACGGUUAGCUUGCUCAAGAAAGUUUCGUGCAUAUAUGCUCAUAAAGAUAGUACAGUUUGGUGAUAAUGGCUUCCAAUGCAAUUUUAAGACGGAAGAGGCUUUUUUCUCAUUAUGAGAACUCCUAUAUACGCACAACUCGAUGUUUACAGUGGACUGGGAAUGUUGGUCAGAAUGAUGGUUCACUUGGUUCUAUUUCCAAUAAUGACGAUCCCUCUGCUGUUUCUAACCAUAGCAUAGGAAAUAGAAUCAGACCUGAAUUGCUUAAUUUUACGGGAGUUCAGAAGUUUAGGCAAAUAUGCUAUAGCAUUCCGAUGUCAGAUCAUGGGAAUUUCAAUGUUUAUACUCCUGGUGGAAUUGGAUUGAUGUCACAGUCCAUUCGGAAUGCUUCCACUUCUGCGGCUAAACAACCUGAUUUGAGCAGUGACGAUGAGGAGAACAAUGAAUUGGUUGCUAAAAAGAGGAAGGAAGCAUCUCCAGAGGAAUGUGAUCAAGCUGUGGAAGGUCUGAGCACUGCCAAAGCUAAAGCAAAGGCUAGACGAUUACAAGAGUCUCAAAGCAUAGUUGCCACCUCUUUGCAAAGAGCAUGGGCAAUCGUCAUAGGGAUAGGUCCUGCUUUAAGGGCUGUUGCUUCAAUGAGCAGGGAGGACUGGGCAAAGAAGCUUGUUCACUGGAAAGAAGAAUUUGUAUCAACCUUACAACAUUACUGGUUGGGUUUCAAGCUUUUGUGGGCUGAUGUGAGGAUUAGUUCAAGAUUGCUUCAAAAACUUGCUGGUGGGAAGAAUCUCUCAAGGCGGGAGAGACAACAGCUAACUCGGACCACAGCCGAUAUCUUUAGAUUGGUUCCUUUUGCUGUUUUUAUCAUAGUCCCAUUCAUGGAAUUUCUGCUGCCAGUUUUUCUUAAAUUAUUUCCCAACAUGUUACCAUCAACUUUUCAAGACAAGAUGAAGGAACAGGAAGCAUUGAAAAGGAGGCUUAAUGCAAGAAUAGAGUAUGCUAAGUUCCUUCAAGACACGGCCAAGGAAAUGGCUAAAGAAGUUCAAAACUCGAGAAGUGGAGAAAUUAAGAAGACAGCUGAAGAUCUUGAUGAGUUUUUGACCAGGUUGAGGACUGGUGCACGUGUGUCUAAUGAGGAAAUCUUAGGAUUUGCCAAGCUGUUCAAUGAUGAACUCACAUUAGAUAAUAUCAGCAGGUCUCGAUUAGUAAAUAUGUGCAAGUACAUGGGCAUCAGCCCUUUUGGGACCGAUGCAUAUUUACGUUAUAUGCUCCGUAAAAGAUUGCAACGGAUAAAGGAAGACGAUAAAUUAAUACAAGCAGAGGGGGUGGAGUCCCUUUCUGAAUCUGAGCUUCGUGAAGAUUGUCGGGAGAGGGGCAUGCUUGGGUUGCUCUCAGUAGAAGAAAUGCGGCAACAGCUUCGUGAUUGGUUGGAUCUGUCGCUUAACCAUUCUGUUCCCUCUUCACUUUUGAUCCUUUCAAGAGCAUUCACAGUUUCUGGAAAGGUGAAACCAGAGGAAGCUGUCCUGGCUACACUGUCUUCUCUGCCAGAUGAGGUUGUAGAUACUGUGGGCGUAACUGCUUUGCCAUCUGAAGAUUCCAUAUCAGAAAGGAGGAGAAAGUUAGAGUUCCUUGAAAUGCAGGAGGAAAUGAUCAAGGAGGAGGAGGAGAAAGAAGAAGAGGAACAAGCUAAAAUGAAGGAAUCCAAAUCCAGCCAAGAAGAUAUAGCUCUGAAGGAGAUGGUCAACCCCAUGACAAGAGAAGCUAUAGAACAAGCUAGAGCAAAAGCUUCAGAAAAACAAGAGCACCUCUGUGAAGUCAGUCGUGCGUUGGCUGUUUUAGCUUCUGCCUCUUCUGUCAGUAGAGAGCGUGAAGAAUUCCUGCAGCUUGUGAAUAAGGAGAUAGAACUCUAUAAUAGCAUGGUAGGAAGAGAAGGCACCGAUGGUGAAAAAGAGGUCAGGGAGGCAUAUAGAGCUGCUCGAGAAGAAAGUGAUCAGUCUACUGAAGAGUCAGAAGGAGAUGACAUUUCAUCAGCACUUGUUGAAAGAGUUGAUACUAUGCUUCAAAAACUAGAAAAGGAAAUUGAUGAUGUGGAUGCCAAAAUUGGUGACCGUUGGCAAUUACUAGACACGGAUUUUGAUGGUAAAGUUACUCCCGAAGAGGUUGCAGCUGCUGCUAUGUACUUAAAAGAUACAUUAGGGAAGGAAGGCAUCCAAGAGCUUGUCAGUAGUCUUUCCAAAGAUAAAGAUGGCAAAAUUCUUGUAGAAGACAUUGUGAGAUUGGGCAGUCAGGUCGAAGACGCCAAUUCUUGAAUAUUGAAUAUCAACAAAUUACAAAGGUAAGAUAUUCACAUUUUUUGAUAGAUGAUUGCUGAACUCUCGUAUAGGUAAGUCGAAACCAAAAUCCGAGUCGUAUCACCUGUUAGAAAAAAGUCGUUAAAUCUCCAAGCCGAACAUAGGAAUACUUUUAGAAAUUGUUCCUGUGCUCAUAGCUUCCUUGGAGUGCUUUGCUGUUUCUAUAAAGGUUAGCAAAGGUUCAAUGGGUAUAAAUACAUGUAAACAAAAUUAGAGGACUUUAAGCUGUGUAUGAGUGUUCGUUAUAGCAAAAGUAUUGGGAACUGAAAACUUACCUACCUACAUAUGUAAUAUUGUAGUAAUGCUUUUUCCAUGUUUGGAGU